AUGCCCAAGGUCAACAGCUACGCGCCGGCCUGGCUGUGCCGGCCGGCACCUGGCGCCAGCCUUUUCACCAGCAGCGCAAUCGCAAAUUCAUCGCAAGACGCCAAAACCUCUGCGAAGCCGAACCCAGCUAGCGGAGCCACCAGAACUAUCGCGAAGCGAGGAAACGAAGCGUUUGCUGUGGUCGACAAUGAGAUUCGCUGGUCUAACCUAGCGCGAGUUAAGGGUCAAUGGCAACAGCAGCAAGCGAGGCAGAAGAAGGGUCCUGCUGCUCUGCCUAAGGAAGCGCCAAAUGGCAGCGGGCUCCCGGCUUACAGGGUUCUGGCUGUGCCGGUCUAUGGUCUGAUUAAACAAAUCAUCCCCUCGCCCAACGGAGCCUUUCUCGCAAUCGUCACCGAGCAUACUGUCCACAUCGCUGUGCUCCCCGAUGCUUCUCAUCUGUCGUCGACCGAUACCGCCCAGAUCCGCUUGAAGACCUACCAACUCGGUCCUACAACCCAUGUUAUCCCGGAGUCGCCGGUCGUCUCUGCCUUAUGGCACCCGUUGGGACUGCACACCAACAUCGGAGGCUGUAUCGUGACCAUUACUGCCGAUGCCGCAGUGCGAGUUUGGGAGUUGGACAGAAACAAUCACUGGUCUUUCGACCAGCCAACGCUGGCAGUGGAUUUGCAGAAGCUGGUUGAUGGAACCUCCUCCGACCAGGACUUCGCGCCCACUGGCUUUGGCAAGAACAAGGGAUUCUCCGCGGAUGUGUAUGACAUGGAGGUCGCGUCGGCCUGCUUCGGGGGUAACAAUACUGAAAGGGAGGAUGCUUGGGCGCCCAUGACCCUCUGGGUAGCCAUGAGACCGGGCGACCUCUAUGCCUUGUGUCCUCUGCUGCCGUCCAAGUGGCAGACUCCUUCUACGACAAUCCCCGCUCUUUCUUCGGCUAUCAUCCCCAAGCUGUCGGCUCUGGAAGAAACACCCGAGGAUCUGGAGGAGGAGCUCACUGCCUGUCGUCAGCAGUAUGAAUGGCUACGUGAAAUUGACGAUCAGGCGCCCUUGGACCCUCCUGCUGAAUUGGAGAUGACCCAAGGAGCAGAGAUUUUCAUUCGACCCGGCAACCCUAGUGCAAUUCCGCGUCUCCAAGGACCCUUCCGCUUUAACACGGGCGAUGAACUCGACGAUCUAGAUCUUUGCGAUAUCCUGGUGAUUGCUGCCAAGCUAAAUGUCGAAGAUUUGAUGAUGGGUGAAGAUGAGGAGUUAGCAGUGGAAGCUAGCGAGCGAGAGAACCUAUCUGCGACGGUCAUUUGCUUGACUAGCGGCAAUGGCCAAGUUCACAUUUGUCUGGAACUUGACGGUAUCGAAGGACAGUGGUUGCCCAAGGCGCACAAAAACACUUUCCGCACUCCUCUCUCCGAACCUGCGGAUCUGGUUUUGGUGGAAUCUCUUGAUACUAUCAAGACCAACGGAGGCGGAGCCGUUACCUGGCCUACGUUCACUCGGGAUGUCCAUUCCCGAUACUCCUUCUUUGUGACGACUGCCAGUAACGUGGUAUUCUUCAGCAUCGCUUCUUGGGCCCAGACGCUCGAAAGCGAGCUGCAGGCCGAGGAUGUGUCUGGCUCGGACUUCCGUCUGGACGUUCUCUGCGGCGGUGAUGUCGCGAAGCGAGAACGGAUUCUCCAAGUCCCGCACGCAGACAGCACGGCCAAGAAUGAGCAUCUUCCUGCGUCUCUUGUCUUCUAUGAUUACGAUCUCGGCUACUUGCUACUUACUUACCUCUCUUCCAACCCUUAUGCCGCUUCCAUGGAUACACCGGAGGAUUCUUACUCUGGCUCCACCGAUCUCCUCGAGAACACGUCGCCCGUGGCCGGUUCCCCUGCCUUGCCUCCCCGUCGCGCGCCGUACCAAGUCCCCGCCAUUCUCUAUGCGCCGUCUCCAUUGGACUCGUUUGUUGAGAAGCACGUCCCGCAUCGCCAGCGACACACACUCCAGGAGCAGGUGCGCCUCUCCCCUGCGACCUUGGAUCUCGUUACCGUUGCCCAUCGCGUGCUCUCGGCCCACACCAAUGCCAUCGAGCGAGCGGCCUCAGACCUCUUCCGUCGCUGUGAGCGGUUGUCAUUUGAAAUGAAGGAUCAGCUUAGGCAGCUGUCCGAUGUUGCCGACCGCAUCAAGGGGGUGACCAGCGAAAUUGGCCCAGAUGGUCGUCGGAAGGAAGGCUCUCGAAAUAGUGAAGCCCUUGACAAGAGACUCGAUGCCGCGAAAGACAGACAGGCUGAACUUGCCCAGCGUUAUGAUGCUUUGCGCAAGAAGCUUCUCAACUCUGGCGGCCGCCCUCUGAGUGAGAAGGAGAAGUCCUGGAUUAACGAAAUCAACGUAUUGUCCGAGUCGUUCAGCGAAACAGAGCCAAAGGGCGACGAAGAGGAUCAAGUGCUCGCGCAGCGCUUGGAGACUGUCAAACGUCUUGCCGCUAGCCUGGUCUCAGAGACCAAAUCUAUCAUGGCUAAAGUGCCUUCUCCCGAGCCUCGAAGCCCGUCUUCCCCUGGUGGCUCGCAGCCCAAGGUCCCGCAACGUCUGCAGCGGGCCAAGAUUGAAGAUGCCAUGAGAAUGGUGGAACGAGAGUCCGCCGUUAUAGAUGCAAUCACGUCCCGUUUGGAGCGACUCAAUACAAGUUUGUGA